AUGGCGUCCAAGGCCCGGCAGCCAAAGCCGCCCACGACCAAGGCCACGCCAAGUGCCAACAAGUUUAACUCGAACAUGGGUCGCAACACGAAGCUCCCAGCGAUCGAUGCGAGUGCAGUUAGCUCUACAAACAAUAUCACGGCCCUCGCGCAAAGCCGGGUCGUCGAAACGGGCGAUGUGAUUUUGGUCUACGAGCUGUACAGUGAGCCCUUUCCGAUCGUGGACGGGGCCAUUGCCACGAGCGCCAUUGACGACGCGUACGCGCUUUCGUUUGUGAUGCCGGGUUGCCACAUCCACCUCUCCGUGUUUGCGCCUGCGGAGAAACGAGAACGCGAUACCCAAGGCGCCGCCGUGUACUUGCCCGAGACGGCCCCCGGCAAGAUCGGCGCCCUCUCGGCCAACGCAACGUACUAUGUCUACGUGACCGAAGACGCAGCGACGCUCCACGUGGCCGCAUCAUCAACCACAGCGCAACGCGCGUCCAUCCACGAUCUGGCGAAGGGCGACGGGCGCGGCUUUGAUUCGUGUACGUGCAGUGAGGGCACGCCAUGCGUCGACGAAGGCGGCUGCCGCAACUGGCGUAGCCGCUAUGCGAUCGCGACGGAAAAUGGGUGGAAGGGAUUUGGCUUGGAAGGGAGCUUGGAGUAG